AUGAACAACAUCGAGGAUUUACGAGAGACUGACUAUGAUUACACCCAACUCUUACAGACAAUUCAAGAUGAACAUCGCUUAAAUCCAGAACAAAAAAUUGUUUACGACCAAAUAUUGUCAUCAGUUAAUAGUAAUGAAGGGAAAAUGUUCUUUCUAGAUGCACCCGGGGGCACGGGUAAAACAUUUAUAAUUAAUUUAUUAUUAGCAAAAGUAAGGUCUGACAGAAAAAUUGCUCUUGCCGUGGCGUCGUCCGGUAUUGCAGCCACACUUUUGAAAGGCGGGCGAACUGCACAUUCCACUUUCAAACUACCUUUAAAAAUUUGCAGUGACGACGUCUCUAGCGUUUGUAACAUCUCAAAACAGAGUAAAACAGGUAAAUUAAUGCAGGAUUGUAGCUUGAUUAUUUGGGACGAAGCUUCCAUGUCCCAUAAAGCAUCAGUUGAGGCAUUAGACAGGACAAUGCGCGAUUUACGCAACAGAAAUUGCCCAAUGGGUGGCUGCACCGUUUUGUUUUCUGGAGACUUUCGUCAAAUUUUGCCAGUCAUAGCAAGGGGGACUAGAGCUGACGAAGUCAAUGCAUCACUCAAAAGAUCUUAUCUUUGGCCACAUAUUACAAAAUGUGAACUUAAUACAAAAAUGAGAAUUUUGUCCUCCAGUGAAGACAAUAAACAAUUUUCAAAUAACUUACUUCAAAUAGGUAAUGGUGCAUUUCAAUCCGGAAAUGUUAAAAUCAAUCUUAGUAACCUAUGUGCUUUGGUUCAAAAUGUGGAAGAAUUGGUUGAGACCGUAUAUCCCGAUAUUACUAAUAUAACUACAAAGACUUUAUGUUGGUUUAAGGAAAGGGCUAUAUUGGCACCUACUAAUGAACAGGUUGAUAAAAUUAAUCAUUUAAUUAUUUCCAAGUUUGAAGCACCAUCACAGAUAUACUAUUCAGUUGAUACAGUUUUGGAUACCGUAGAGGCAGUACAUUAUCCAACUGAAUUUUUGAAUUCUUUAGUUCCUCCCGGAAUUCCUCCACACAAGUUAAUAUUAAAAGUGGGUUCACCAGUGAUAUUACUUAGAAAUUUAAAUCCCCCAAAAUUGUGUAAUGGCACGAGACUCAAAAUAGUUAAAUUAAAAAACUUUCUAAUCGAAUGCACUAUUUUAACUGGCUGUGGUACUGGUGAUACUGUUUUAAUUCCUAGAAUACCGAUGAUUCCCUCCGAAUUACCCUUCCAAUUCAAAAGACUGCAAUUUCCAAUCAAAUUAGCCUUUGGUAUUACUAUUAAUAAGGCACAAGGCCAAACUUUAAAAGUUGCAGGAAUAGAUUUAACUGAUCAAUGUUUUUCUCACGGUCAGUUAUAUGUUGCCCUUUCAAGGGUGACAUGUAAAAAUAAUCUGUUUGUGUUUACUAACAAUCCGUCAGAAGUAAUGAACGUUGUGUAUAAGGAAAUAUUUCAAUAG